AUGACGCUCUUCGUCGUUUCUCUCUUCCUUCCCAACACCAUUAACUUCAAACUUCCGACUCACCCCGCGGAGCGCCCUCGCCCACGCAGUCCUUCAAGGCGGCCAAAACUCGACACCAGGCCCAGCCUCUUCAAGCAGCCGGACUUGACCCCUCCACACUCGCCCAUAACCACCGAUCAUGAGGAGUUCUUUGCUCCAAAGGAUAAUCCAGAAUUACGCCUCCAUUUCCCCAAGCAAGAUGACCCAAGAUCGAUUAUAGCUCCGAGCGAUCCGCAUUCACCAGCAUGGGGCACUGGCAAGGCAUUCAUGCAACCUAAAUCACGAGCGGCCACACCCCCUCCCGCAAGUAUAUUGCAGCACGAUAAGGCGGAGGAGAAGGCGGCGGCUCUUGGGCGGGCGGGUAUCCGCCAGCCUCAACACCUUGCACGAAGUGACAGCCAUGAUCGAGUCUUUGCGCACGCGGAAUGGACCGUGGUCCCGGCGGAUCAGGGCAAUGGUGGCCUCCGAAACGCGGUGCAGGCCGCGGUGCGAAAUGGGAAGCUCGAUUCGAAGAUUUGGGUCGGUACGCUAGGAAUGCCAACAGACGCUCUGGAGGAUACGCAACGGAAGCAGGAUAUUGAGGAUCGUUUGGCGACCGAACACGAUUCCUUGACUGUCUUUUGUAAAGAUGACGAUUUCGACGGGUAUUACACGCACUACUGCAAGCAAAUCCUUUGGCCUGUUUUCCACUACCAGAUUCCAGACAAUCCAAAAAGCAAAGCAUAUGAGGAUCACUCCUGGAUCUACUACGUUAAGAUCAACCAAGCAUUCGCUGAUAAAAUCGCCAAGAACUGGAAGCGUGAAGAUGUUAUUUGGAUCCAUGAUUACCAUCUGCUCCUAGUACCACAGAUGAUACGCAAGAAGAUCCCCGACGCGAAGAUCGGCUUCUUUUUGCACGUUGCAUUCCCAUCCUCGGAGGUGUUCCGAUGUCUCGCAGUCCGAAAGCAGCUGCUUGAGGGCAUGUUGGGGGCCAAUCUUAUUGGAUUCCAAAUUCACGAGUAUGCACGCCACUUCCUCCAAACCUGCAGCCGGCUGCUGUGUGUUGAGGCGACCAAUGAUGGGGUCCAGCUCGAGGAUCGCUUUGUGAAUGUCGUUAAUCUUGCUAUUGGCAUCGAUCCAGUUGCGUUGAACAUGAACCGCGCCGAUCCCGACGUUGCCCAAUGGUUGAACACGAUGCGCGAACGUUACCGUGGCAAGAAAUUAAUUGUGGCGCGGGAUAAGCUGGACUAUGUUCGUGGGGUUCGACCAAAGCUUUUGGCUUAUGAACUCUUCUUGAACAAGUACCCUGAAUGGCGAGAUCGAGUGGUCAUGAUCCAAGUUGCGACAUCUACAACUGAGCAGGCAGAACUCGAUGCCACCGUAUCAGACAUUGUUACGAGAGUCAAUUCCUCUUGGGCCAACCUGGCGUACCAGCCCCUUGUUUACCUCAAGCAAGACAUAAGCUACGCGCAAUAUCUAGCGCUACUCACUGUGGCCGACGCCUUGAUGGUGUCUAGCCAGCGUGAAGGCAUGAACUUGACUUGCCAUGAAUAUCUUUUCUGUCAAGAUGGGAAGUUCGAAGGGCACAACAGAUAUGGCUCACUCAUCCUGAGUGAGUUUACUGGAAGUGCAUCAGUCUUUGGUGGGAAUGAGCUCUCUGUUAAUCCUUGGGACUACCGGCAAUGUGCGGAUGCCAUCAAGACGGCCUUGGAGAUGAGUGACGAGGAGAAAGAAACUCGCUGGAGAAAGCUCUACAAAGCUGUAAUGCAUUCUACGGCAGAGCAUUGGUUUACUGGCUUCCGUGAGAAACUUGACAAAGUCUAUGAUGAACAGCAUAGUCGCGAUACAACCUCUGUUCCUCGGCUAUCUGUGAAUGCAUUGGGUCAAUCAUAUAUGAAAUCGGAGCGUCGCCUUUUCAUGCUGGAUUAUGAGGGUACCCUUGCAUCUUGGGGAUCUCCCUACGACAUUAUUCUCACCAGCCCACAGCGCACCCUCGACGUCCUGAGCGACCUCCUUAAUGAUGAACGCAACAUCGUCUACGUUAUGUCCGGCCGCCAACCUGAAGAGCUCGACAGUCUCUUCAAGCGUAUACCUAACCUUGGACUCGUUGCCGAGAAUGGUUGCUUCAUCAAGGAGGCUGGCUCUACUACAUGGAUCGACAUGGCUAAUGCUGAGGAGAUGAAUGCUUGGCAAGAGUCUGUGGAAGGGAUUAUGCACUACUAUCAGGAGCGUACGCCUGGUUCGUCAGUUGAACGCCGCCACUGCAGUUUGAUCUUCAAUUACAAGCACUGCGAUGAUCAGGAGAGCGCGAGUCGCCUUGCAGGGGACUGUGCGAGUCACAUCAAUGAUGCGUGUGAGGAACAGAGAGUUAAGGCUAUUCCAAGCGAAGAUGCCGUGGUUGUCGCACCAAUUGACUGGUCCAAAGCCACAGCCGCCGAGAGAAUAUACGCAAGUCUCCUGAAGAACCUCCCCCCAAACCAAUCCCAAAAGGCACCUGCCGACUUCCUCAUGGUCGUUGGUGAUGGCCGCGAUGAUGAAGUUAUUUUCCGAUGGGCCAACGACCUCCAGAAACAGUUGGCGGUUGCAGACGUUACGACUGUCAGCCUGAGCAGUCGAAAUACCGAAGCUGGAUAUACACUUACGCAAGGUGUUACCGGUGUCUUGACGGUGCUUUCGAAGCUCGCCAAGCUCUCUUAA